UCCCAUUCCCCCCACUUUUUCUCACACACACACUCACUCUCUCUAUCUCAAUUAGCGAUGAACAACGGCAAAUCGAAGAAGCGGGGCGCUCCGGCGCCGCCGGCCAAAACGCCGCCGCAAAAACAGCACGCCACGACGGAGAUUGAGGAGGAUGAUAUGCUCGACGAGGACGUUUUUCUCGAUGAAACCCUACUUCACGAAGAGGAAGAGCUGUUACUUCGCGACAUGGACGAGCGAGAAGCAAUUGCUUUGCGUCUCGCUAAGUGGAAGCGCCCGACGCUGUCGCCGGCUUAUUUGUCGCAGUCUACGAAUAUUUUAUUCCAGCAGCUGGAAAUAGAUUAUGUGAUCGGAGAGAGUCACAAAGAGUUGUUGCCUAAUUCUUCUGGUCCUGCUGCUAUUAUUCGAAUCUUUGGCGUCACAAGAGAAGGUCAUAGUGUUUGUUGCAAUGUGCAUGGAUUUGAACCCUAUUUCUAUAUCAGCUGCCCUCCAGGGAUGGGACCUGAUGACAUCUCCAAUUUUCAUAGGAUCCUUGAGGGGAGGAUGAGAGAAUCUAACAGAAAUAGUAACGUUCCCAAAUUUGUUCGUCGUAUAGAAAUGGUUCAAAAAAAGAGCAUCAUGUAUUAUCAGCAACAGAGUUUACAGCCAUUUCUAAAAAUCGUUGUUGCAUUGCCAACAAUGGUUGCCAGCUGUCGUGGCAUACUUGAUAGAGGCAUACAAAUUGAUGGUCUUGGCAUGAAGAGCUUUGUGACCUAUGAGAGUAACAUUCUAUUUGCUCUCCGCUUCAUGAUAGACUGCAAUAUUGUUGGGGGCAACUGGAUUGAAGUUCUGACUGGAAAAUAUAAGAAGACAGCAAAAAAUUUAUCUUAUUGUCAGUUAGAGUUUGAUUGCCUUUUUUCAAAUUUGGUAAGCCAUGUUCCAGAGGGAGAAUACUCUAAGAUGGCUCCAUUUCGUAUAUUGAGUUUUGACAUUGAGUGUGCUGGUCGUAAAGGUCUGUUCCCUGAGCCUACCCAUGAUCCCGUUAUUCAGGUGGCCAAUUUAGUUACUUUGCAGGGAGAAGAUCAACCUUUCAUUAGGAAUGUAAUGACUCUAAAAUCAUGCUCGCCAAUAGUUGGUGUUGACGUAAUGUCGUUUGACACAGAGAAAGAAGUAUUGCUAGCUUGGAGGGAUCUCAUACGCGAAGUGGAUCCAGAUAUCAUUAUUGGAUAUAACAUCUGCAAAUUUGAUUUGCCUUACCUCAUUCAGAGGGCUGAAGCCUUGGGAAUAGCAGAAUUUCCAAUACUGGGCCGUGUCAGAAAUAGCAGGGUUCGUGUUAAAGAUGCUACCUUUUCUUCUAGACAGUAUGGGACAAGAGAAAGCAAAGAAGUUACCAUUGAAGGAAGAGUUCAAUUUGAUUUAUUUCAGGCUAUGCAAAGGGAUUAUAAGUUAAGCUCAUACUCUUUGAAUUCUGUUUCUGCUCAUUUUCUUGGCGAGCAGAAAGAGGAUGUUCAUCAUUCAAUCAUAUCAGACCUUCAGAAUGGUAACCCAGAAACUAGGAGGCGGUUGGCUGUAUAUUGUUUAAAGGAUGCUUAUCUGCCUCAGCGGCUUUUGGAUAAGUUGAUGUACAUUUACAAUUAUGUGGAAAUGGCUAGAGUAACAGGUGUCCCUAUCUCAUUUCUUCUUUCUAGAGGGCAGAGCAUCAAGGUCCUUUCUCAACUUUUAAGGAAAGCUAAACAAAGGAAUCUGGUUAUACCAAAUGCCAAACAAGCAGGAUCUGAACAGGGAACAUUUGAGGGUGCAACCGUACUGGAGGCAAGGGCCGGAUUUUAUGAGAAGCCGAUAGCAACACUAGAUUUUGCAUCUUUAUAUCCAUCAAUCAUGAUGGCAUAUAAUUUAUGUUAUUGCACUUUGGUUACACCUGAAGAUGUCCGCAAACUCGCCCUGCCUCCAGAAAGUAUACAUAAAACUCCAUCAGGCGAUACAUUUGUCAAAUCAAAUUUACAGAAGGGAAUUCUUCCAGAAAUACUUGAAGAAUUGUUAGCUGCUCGAAAAAGAGCCAAAGCAGAUUUGAAGGAAGCAAAAGAUCCGCUUGAGAAGGCUGUCUUAGAUGGGCGUCAGCUGGCUUUGAAGAUAAGUGCAAAUUCUGUAUAUGGGUUUACAGGAGCCACUAUUGGUCAAUUACCAUGUUUAGAAAUAUCCUCCAGUGUUACGAGCUAUGGUCGACAGAUGAUUGAACAUACCAAAAAACUCGUGGAAGAUAAAUUUACUACACUUAAUGGAUACGAGCACAAUGUUGAGGUCAUAUAUGGAGAUACAGAUUCCGUUAUGGUUUUAUUUGGUGUGACAAAUGUGGAAGCAGCUAUGGAUCUUGGUAGGGAAGCUGCUGAAUACAUUAGCAGAACGUUCACGAAACCCAUAAAACUAGAGUUUGAGAAGGUUUACUAUCCAUAUUUACUGAUUAGCAAGAAGAGAUAUGCUGGUCUUUUGUGGACUAACCCGAACAAGUUUGACAAAAUGGACACCAAAGGAAUUGAAACAGUUCGAAGAGACAAUUGCUUAUUGGUUAAAAACUUGGUUACCGAAUGCCUUCACAAAAUACUAAUAGACAGAGACAUUCCUAGUGCUGUUCAGUAUGUUAAGAAUACCAUUUCCGAUCUUCUUAAAAACCGGAUGGAUUUGUCUCUUUUAGUUAUUACCAAGGGUUUGACUAAAACAGGAGAGAACUAUGAAGUGAAGGCAGCACAUGUUGAACUAGCAGAACGAAUGCGUAAGAGAGAUGCUGCUACUGCUCCAAAUGUUGGUGAUCGAGUACCAUAUGUUAUUGUUAAAGCUGCUAAAGGUGCCAAGGCUUAUGAACGGUCAGAAGAUCCUAUUUAUGUCCUUGAAAACAACAUACCAAUAGAUCCUCAGUACUACCUUGAAAACCAAAUUAGCAAGCCACUUUUAAGGAUAUUUGAGCCCAUCUUGAAGAAUGCAAGUAAGGAACUUCUCCAAGGAGAUCACACAAGAUCUAUUUCUAUAUCUACUCCCUCAAGUGGUGGCAUAAUGAAAUUUGCUAAAAAAAAGCUCAGUUGCAUUGGCUGCAAAGCGUUGAUUAGUAAUUCAGACAGUACUAUCUGCGCCCACUGCAAAGGAAGAGAAGCAGAACUUUAUUGCAAAACUGUAUCAACUGUGUCAGAGUUGGAGAAACUAUUUGGUAGGCUUUGGACCCAGUGCCAGGAGUGUCAAGGUUCUCUUCAUCAGGAUGUGCUGUGCACUAGUCGAGAUUGUCCAAUAUUUUACCGGAGGAAGAAAGCACAGAAAGACAUGGCAGAAGCCAAAAUCCAGUUAGAUAGGUGGAAUUUCUGAGAUCAUCAAAGGCUUGUUCCAAAAUCAAGUGUCUACAUCUGUGCAUAUGGCGUGCCACUGUGAGCUUAAUAUCCAUAUUUUGGAAAUCAGUUGGUAAAAGAUAUUUGCUGAAAUCAGAGAACUAGAAAAACUACACUAGUCAGAUUUAAGGAUCUACUGAUGCGAUAAGGUGACCGUGUCUUUGAAAUGCCUCAAUGAUAUGAUGAAGACAGAAUAUGGCCGCUGAGUCUUCAUUUUAACAGGACAUGAGGACUGGUGGUUAUACUAUGCUUUAGCAGAUGACAAAAUAACUGUCAUGUAGUUUUACCAGUAGUGAUGUCAUAAUAUCUGAUGUAUAUUUGUAGCUUACGUUUACACUAAAUAUCAGAGUUUUAGUCAAUCAUCCAAGUAAUUUAUCCAAUGAGUAGUGUUUAUAUGUUUGUAUUCACGUAUUCAAUUGCAGCGUAAAUGGUAAGUUUGGUUUUUUUACA